CCCGCAAGGACACUGAGCAACCUCCUUAAAUCAUUGCGUACAUCAAUUAUUACUUUGUAAAAUAGACGCCGAAAUGCACCUGUCCUCUCGGUUACUCCGGCAUGUACUGCGAGACCAACAUUGAUGACUGCGCGCAGGAUUCUGAGGGCAAUGUGCCAUGCAAGAACGAUGGCAAGUGCUCCGACGGAGUGAACAAGUUCAUAUGCGACUGUGAUGGCACCGGAUAUACCGGAAUCGAUUGUUCCAUCGACGUAGACGAGUCAGAAUCCGAAGACUGAUUGUGGACACGGCAAAUGUGAGAAUCUGCUUGGCAUCUAUUCUAUCAGUGCAUCUGCGACUACGGUUAUUGCGGCUACAAUUGCAGCAUGGAAAAUCUCUGCCAGGAGGUGCCAUUUGAGCCGCAAAGAUUAUUUAUGAACGUUAAGACGGGAAGAGUGUAUCAUCCCGCGCCGAAGAAAGCGGGUGGGAUCGGCUUGGUGAGAUCCAAUCUGGCUAUCGAAUUUAGAGCUCUGUUCAACUUCGAGAACGGCGAGGGGAAUGCGCCGACGAAGUUUGUCUGGAGAGACAAACGGCACCAGCUUGAUAUGGAAUGGUACAGAGACAAGCUAUCAUGACUGAGAUACUCGAAAGUAACGGAAACUUUGUAAAUAAUUUACAAUCCGAUUGUAUAACUGUAGGAAAAGAGAUUUUCUGGCGAUCUGAGCAUGAACAUAUUACUUAAUUUCAAUAUAUUCUUUUCUGUAGUUUUAUGGUACAGAGAUAUAUAUAUUUUAUAAAUCUUUUAAAAAUAUAUGUAUACACUCAUAUAUAUAUAUAUGUUCUU